AUGAAUCUCGUGUAUGGUUCCCACCUACCUCCAGGAACUGAAGGGCCGACGUGUGGGGAACUACGUAUUCGAGUAGAAAAAAUGAUUCUGCGAGAGGAUAUAGUCAACUCGGCGGUGCGGUCGGAAUGUGCGUCCGCAAAUGCACGACCCAUCUCCGUCUCUGUAGACCACUGUGCGGUUGCGCCUCUCUUCCGGGGCGAAGCGCGGCCGAGCGCACAGUGCACGCCAACAACACCUGGGAAAGUCCGCGGCGUACUUUCUCUUGUCUACCCCAUCAAAACGCAUGAAGCGCAGUUUGUGGAAUAUCUGACAAACAUGAGUAAAUCAUUCAACGGUGGUGUUCACGUUCUUGUUUUUGUGCCAACGAGCUAUAGUGGACGGCGCAAGCCAACUCAUAUUGGAAAGACCAUAGUCGCCCUGGACCGCCUUAAACCCUCCUCACCUGUAGGUGGAUGGUUUCACAUCAUGAGAGACAUGUCGAGUACGGACGGCAAAACGGCCGAAAAGGGCACCUCGCCUGUGACCUUAGUUGACGUCGGAAAAGUGAAGCUCUCCUUCACCGUGACGUAUUUUUCUCAGGCGACGCCCACGCGACAAAGGAGCACCAGCACCACGGCAUCCCACGCGCUGCAACAGGGAGGAGCAGAAACCAGCGACCAGUCACGCAUAGAAAAGAAGAACCCACCACCGGGGGCGGCAAGGGUCUCCUCGCCAACACUUGUUGGAGUGAAUAUUCUUCCACCACAGGCAAUAAAAGACGAGCAAUCGGGUGAGCAGCGGCCAAGAGGUGAGAGAAGUUUGGGGAGAGACGAUAGGACAACCCCAAACUCGACUCCCGGACCACAGUUAAUGCCCGCUUCACAAGUGCCUUUAUGUGGCUCUUUCCCUCGUGCUUCAGAGGUACCGAUGGGUUUCUCCACCAAUCAAAAGGAUACGAUUAGUCAAUUGCUACAGCGAGGGCAUACUCUGCGAGCAAGAAUGGAAAGGGCACUUGACCGUUCCGCCCUUAUGGAAGGCGCACUUGGUGCAACUACCUACACUCCAAUGCUUCCAUAUGCUAAUUCUAUCGAAAGGGCGAUGGCAUUGCCUGGUGUCACACCUGGGUCCAAUCUUAUGCUUGGUUUGUUUCCCGUUUCGGCAGAAGCUGACACGUCAGCGAGCUCGCGAACCUCCCUGAGCGAUGGGUCCGUCAAGGGUACGCCAGAAAAUAGCGUUGCAUCUGGUGUUGUUGAACCAAACGAAACACCGAAGGAAAGUAGACUGCAUACUGGAGUAACAUCUGGUCAACGGUCUUUUCAACGUACGGGAGCACUUCCCACUGAGGGCGGGUACGUUGAGGUGGAUCUGUCACGGAUCUCUUUUUCGUCGGGACCAGCCACACUCGGCAUGGAAGAAAUGCGCAUUGACAUCCGGUUGUCAAAGGACGUGAAGACAGAUGAGCCGGUGGAAUCCUACUCAUCCUAUGUACACCGUGUUCCACUAGCAAAGGGCCCGGAACACCACAUUGUCAUUGGCUUCCAAGUGCGAUCGUUCAGCGAGGAUAAAAGUCGUAUGGUUAUUGGCUUCUACCGCGUCUUCUCAGCCCCCGUGUCGAAUCCCCCCAGUGAGACGCUCCUACCAGCCCCAGCAAGUGCAAAGCGGGUGCUGGUGAAUGAAACACUUCUGGGUAUUUGUAUUGUCGGUCUUCACGCACAAAGCAGGGACAUAGUGGCGCACGACCCAUUUAGUGGUGAGGACCCAACGCAAGCUCACCUGUGCGUGCGCGUGCGGGACAGUGCCCCAGCUGUGGUGGAUAACGGGCCUAAGAGGAAGGAGGCAAGUCGAGUGAAGCGUGUAACAGUUGUGAGGUCAGAUCAGCGGAGUAACGGCAGCCACAGCAAUGAAAAGCUCGUCGAAACCCGCCGAGAAGGCCAUAGGGUGCAUUUGAAAGAAGGCGCUGACGAACCAGUCCAGUGGAAGCGCGAGUGUAGUGAGGACCGAGAAUCAUGUAGCUCAUCGUCAACAUCAACCCCGUCGUCCACAGGUCGCUCCAAAAGAAGACACAGGGUAGGUGAUUCCAGCAAUAGGGUUGAGCAGACUGAAGUCUAUCCGGUGCAAAUUUGUCCCACGACCCCUGUUAAACCCACGGUUCAAAAUGCCGGUGAACCCGAGAAAAAGAACUUCCGGUCUAUCCUUGCUUCACCACAAGUGACAGGGGGUCUCCAUAGGGGUAAGACAUCCACUGACGGCCCAUCAGACCGGUUCCGCAUGCACGUGGCCAUUCGCUCUUGUAAGGACCUCCCUCUGGUUGCUCUCCGCCGGGACGGACUCCCUAUGGUGUCAACAGUAGUUCCGACUGAUCAAAUGGCGAAUGGUGUGCGCUCGGCCCUCGCAUCUGACGGUUCCCUCGUGCUUAUUGACAGUGAGUACCGCGUCUUCACUCCCCCUUCAACCUUUUUUACUGUUGAAGACAUUUACAAUGCCACGAGCUCCAGUGCGCUGUCACGGGGGGUGGUACCGGAUUGGUACGUGGAGGCUGCUGUCCGUGGGGAGUACGACCGCACCCUCGUCGUCCCGAAGUCACAGAGUCCGCAGUAUGACUAUGAAUGCAUCUUGUCCCUGCCGCAUGAGGCUGUGUUUUUGCGUCAGGCCUCCGCGGAGAACCAACGGACGGCGAUAGAGGCGGCUGCGGUACGAGAAGGCGCAGCGCCCGGUUUCCCCCCUUCCCUCUUGCCGGCCGACAAGACAUGGGCAGCACAGGGAGCUGGAAAGGAAACUGUUCCGUGCUUGUCUGAAAUGCGUUUAACUUUGUGGCACCACGCACCUGAAGUGGAUGGGGUAGAAACGAGGGCCCAGCGGAGUGAGGAAGAAAAACUGUGGGUCAAUGCGGCGCCACUGGGAGAAUGUAGGAUAGAUCUGCGUUCCCUACGCUUCCUGAGGGUAAUUGAUGGUUGGUAUCGAAUUAACGAGAUUGAUAGACUGGACAAUGUUGUUGGGUAUGUUCGCGUAAGUGUUCGUAUGCUUUGA